AAAAGAAGAAGAAGAAGUGACUUCAUGGGUAAGAGUAUUGUGUCUCAAAUUGGUCCACACCAGACAGAGACCAGGUUUCCCAUCGCUGCCGUGAGUGAAGACACUGCCCAGCAUUAUCAGUGCUCCUAUCAUCAAAGUCACCGGUGGUCUGAGCCCAGUGAGACUCUGGAGCUGGUGUUGACAGGAGACACAUGGACGCAUUCACAGGAUGGAAACAAUCCCGGCCCGUGGACAGAGCAUGUUUACAUUCUCAUCGGGGUCUCUGCAGCCUUUCUCCUUUGUCUCCUCCUCUUGGUCCUCCUCCUCCUCCAGCGCUGGCAUCAGAGGAAACGGGGGCCCCCCAGAAGCAAAGGCAAGGAGCCAGAGCCCCAGGAGAGGCUCAGCCCAGCUGUUGACGUCCUAGAUGGGACACCAGACCCGGCCACUGUCCACAGACUUCCUGAGAAGGACAGAGAGACGGAAGCUUCGACCCCUGCUGACCUGCAGGAGGUGACAUAUGCCCUGCUGGACCACCGGACCCUCACACAGAGGGCGGCCAGAGCUGUGACCCCGCUAUCCGCCGAGUCCAGCACAUACGCAGCCAUCUCCAGACACUGACCCCAAGCCCCCCUGGCCUCUGUAGCAAAGACACCGCGAGUCACUCUUGCAAAAGCCUGAGGUGGCUAUUUGGAGGGUUUUGCCCUUUCUGGACAGUCAUCCUGUCACGACUCCUGGAGGCAAGAGCUGGAGUCCCCACAGCCCUGAUCCUCAUCUAGAAGAUUCAGCAGCCAUGUGGUCCCUCCCACAGUCAACUAGCUCCUUGGAGAGAAUGUGUAGCACCUGUUUCCAGAGACCCAGCGGUGGCCCUACAGUCACCCAGCUGAUUCCAGACGUGUCCUAUGAAUCCCCCCCUGUCCCCGGAGAUCCAUUUUAACUGUCCUCUCAGCUGACUUGAUGAAAUUCCCAGGCUUCAGCUGUUGACCUUGACCCUGGGCUGUACUUAUGCAGCCAAAAGCGCAGACCACGUCUUCUGGAACAUGCUUCACCUUGUUCCGUAAUAAUAAAUGUUCCCACAGGCCCAACUGCAUCAGCCCUAUGUGUGUGGAGCUGGGCUUCACAGGUCCUGGGUCCCAGUCUCUCCACCCACAGUCCCUCCGUCCCUAGUGAGGGGAACCAGAGAAUCGGGCGUCAGUGUUUUCUGAUCUGAGCGUGUGACUCGGGGACGAGGGAGGAGACGUCUGAGGGGACUUGGGUCUGGGUCGAGGCACACACCCACAAAGGCACGCACGUUGGCCCAGACACACACCCCUACACAUGCACACACUGUAGGAACGCACACAUGCACACACCCACACACGGACACGUGUGGCCUGGCGAAGGCAGUGAUGAGACCCCAGGGCACAAGCUUUAGGUCCCACUCGGAGGAACUAAAGUUCCCCAUUUUCCAUUCCUACUGGACGCCAUGCACUCGCCAAACACCAGAGGUCCCAUCAGCUGAAGGACAGUGUCCUUGAUCUGAGCUUCACUCCCUCAUCUGGCUAACGCCCUUCAGGCUUGGGAUUGGAGGCUGUUCUUCCCAAAAGCUUGCAAUUGCUGCUGGAACAAAUGCCCACUCCCUAAGGGCACCAAACAACACACCUUAAUAUUCUACACAUCAGGGUGUCAGGAGUCUGCAAUCA